AUGGCUGUGGAUGCGAAGUCGAAUUUCCCGGAACGCUUUUUCAGUCUUAGCGGCUACGUCGUGAGUGACUUGCGACGUCGUUUGGAUGAAAACCGGGCAGAGAUGAUGUGCCUAAUGAAGGUGAACUGGUCAGAAUAUAAGAAUUUGCUCAACGAAUGUUAG